AUGCCACCUAAAGAGCCAAAAGAAGAACUUGACCUUGACCAGAAGAAGGCUCAGCUCGCGAUCAAGUUCAACAAUGCCGCGCGUCAGUUCAGUGCUCUUGCCGAAGUGCUUUCCAAGGCUGUCGCCGAAGUACCUAUCGAUGAAUCCACUGUUAACAACCUCACCGAACUUCUGAACGCGGCAAUCACGAAACCGUCGCGUAAGCGUAAACUCGUCGCGCUUGAGAUCGGCGAGGAUGGUGUCCCCAGAAAGAAGAAGCGCGAAAAGAAAAUCAAGGAUCCCAAUGCACCAAAGGGUCCCGCCUCCGCUUACAUCCUGUUCCAAAAUGAUAUUCGUUCUGCGUACAAGAAGGAACAUCCAGACAUGUCUAACAAGGAGUUGCUAAGACUCAUCGGUGACCAGUGGAAGACGUUGGCCGAUGACAAAAAGGAUUUCUACCGUGAUCAACACGGCAGAGCCAAGAAGAAACACGAAGUUGACCUUGCCGCCUAUAACGCCCAACACCCCGACCAAGUUCCUACAGAGGCCAAGGACAGCGGGAAGAAGAAGAAGAAAGAUGAUGAGGAGUCGGACCAUCCUGCAACGAAAGAGGUUGCGAAGGCUGCUCCUAAGACUGCCAAGAAGGCUGCUGCUCCCAAGGUUGGCAAGGUGGUUCCGAAAUCUAAAGAGGUUGUUGAAAGUUCGGGAUCUGAGGCAGAGGAUGCGUCAGAAGUUGAAGCCUCAGAUGCGGAGUCGUCAGACGAUGAACCGGCCCCGAAAGCCAAAGCCAAGGCAACUACAGAUGAAGACUCCGAGUCCGAUUCGGAAGUUGAUACUUCUUCCGAGGAAGAGGUUCCUCCGCCUCCGCCUCCCGCAAAGAAGUCCAAAAAAUGA